GGCGCCGGGCGGAAGCGAGGAGCGCCGCGCCCGCCGCUCGGAGACAGGCGCCGCAGAGGCCCCGCGCGCUGGCGAUGCACUAUCGGAGCACGGCGCUGCAUCUGCUCGCGGGAGGAUGUGGUGGUACAGCUGGAGCCAUCCUGACCUGCCCCCUGGAAGUGGUGAAGACACGUCUGCAGUCAUCCUCAUUGGCCCUGCGCCCUCUUUGCCUCCCUGAGGUGCAGCUGCAGGGGCUGAAUGGAGGGUUUGUGCGUCCAGCCUUACCCUCCCCUGGUGUGCUCCAGCUAAUGAGGGCCAUCCUGGAGAAGGAAGGAGUCCGCUCCCUCUUCCGAGGCCUGGGUCCCAACCUUGUUGGAGUUGCCCCCUCCAGGGCCAUUUAUUUUGCUGCCUACGCUGGGGCUAAGGAGAGGCUCAAUGUUGUCUUCGUACCCGAGUCCAAGAAAGUUCAUGUGCUCUCAGCAGUCUGUGCAGGGGUCACCUCUGCCACACUUACCAAUCCCAUCUGGCUGGUGAAAACCAGGAUGCAGCUGGAAGCCAGGGCAAGGGAGGAGAAGCACAGUAACGCUCUCCAGUGUGCCAUACGAGUGUACCGCACUGAGGGCCUGUGGGGAUUUUACCGUGGAAUCAGUGCCUCCUAUGCUGGAGUCUCCGAGACAGUCAUCCAUUUUGUCAUCUAUGAGGCGCUGAAACAACAGCUGAGAGAGCAGCAGCCAUUCCUCCCAACAGCCUUUGCACUUGCACCAAACAGCCAUGAUUUCUUUGGACUCAUGGCAGCUGCUGCCAUCUCCAAGACAUGUGCCUCAUGUAUUGCAUACCCACAUGAGGUUGUCCGGACACGGUUGCGGGAAGAAGGGUCCCGCUAUCGCUCCUUUAUGCAGACCCUACGGCUGGUGGUCCAAGAAGAGGGACCCCUGGCUCUGUACCGAGGACUCCUGGCCCAGAUGAUGCGCCAGAUCCCCAACACAGCCAUCAUGAUGGCUACCUAUGAACUGAUCAUCCACUUGGCCACCAAAGUGUGACCCUGCACAAAUGCACCAGCCCCUUGUUGAGGCUGCUGGCUGUGCACAGGAGAGCUAAAAUCUUGUGACUUGACAUGUUUUUCCUGUUCCACAAGGUAGUGCUGGUCACUCUGUAGCAGGAGGUCUGUGUGGUGAUGACCUUGUGUGUGGCAGUCUGCUGACAGGUUACAGUGUUCUCAGGCCAGAGCGGUGGUUCUGGAUGGGGCGUGACCUCUAGCAUCAACCUCCAGAAAGUGUAACUGGUCUGAUGCUCUGAGGUGGCAUAAACCAGCUAGAAUAUGUGCAGUGGGGGCUCCCAGUGCAAAGCACAAGGGCAUGGAGUUCAGUGGGCAAAGAGGAUAAAGGAGGAUAAAUUAAUUAUAAUUACAUUUAAAAAAAAAACGAGGCAGGAUGCCAAUUAAGCAAAUGCAUAUUUCAGCCCUUCCAGUGUCCCUGGCUGGUCAUCCCCAUCACUAGAAAAUACAUGUAUAAUUAACAGCCCCAGGAGCUCCAUUCUUCUUGGGCCUGGCCUAUGGGCAUAGCUGGAUAUGUAGUCAGUGAAUAGGGGGAGUAAACAAAUCUGAAGGAAAUUAUGCAGCAAGCAGAGAUCUUGUGAUAUGGCCUUCAGCCACUCACUAGGAUUCUGCACAGAGUCCUAGCCCCUACACUGUCUUCUUUUAAAGGAUUCUCCAAACCUGAUCCAAACUAGGAUGCGUGGUACUUAGCAGGCAUCUUACAUCAUCUCCUUCAGGGAGCAAACACCCAUGGAAAGAAUCAUACAGCUGAACAAUUAACUGUGCCUUUAUCCCCUCCUUUAAAGAGAGGUCAGGGCAGGAUGUUAGAACGCAGCCCCAUGUAUCAAGAGAAGUAGGAUGCAUCCUGGCAGGGGGAGCUCUGGCCUGGGCAGCUUGUGUUACUAUAGACCCCAUCUAUUCCUCUCUCAGGUCAGUUCUCUGUAGGGGCCAAGCUCUGCCUUCCUCUACGGGAGGUACUGAGACAUGAGGAAUAGUAGAUAUAAGAACCAAGCUGUAUGCCUGGUGUGUGAAACAUAUUGUUCUGUGCCUGUGAAUGUCGUUUAGAGGGUGGAUGCAGGUGUUGAAGUUGAGGGAUUUGUUAAUACACUAAGUGUAUGGAAAAAAUAAGACUAUAAAUUAAAAACAUCAAAUUUGUCUGUA